CGACGUACAUAUCCCUAGUUUCCUCGUGUUUCGUCGUCGUAGUUUGUCAUCAUUGUCUGAAUUUAUUUAUAAAACAACACAAAAAUAUUAAAUUUUUACACUAUACGUGGAAGAAAACUGAUUCGUUCUUCUCGAAAACCCUACGACAAUUGUUAAUUGUGCAAGGGAAACCACUCUGGACAUUGCAUACGGAUUUCCAAUUGUGCAAAAUCGCGUGUAUACGGGCUGAUUUUAGUGUGUAUUGUGUGUUUGUAUGUAGUGUGCUGGACAGAGCCAUCCAAUCCAUCUCGAUGUAAAUUACAAUCAGCAGCUAACACUGAUUGAUUGGUAGUGCUCUACCGCUGCUCCUGCUGCAAAAAAGCAAACUUUCUGAAUUAUCGGAUCCACAUAAAAACAAUUGACUUCCUCCUAAACUGUUUCAGUGUGGUGCUGGUGUAGUUCCGCGUCAACGCAUAAUUGUUGAAUAGAAAAUUCAGAGGUGAUACCAAUUCUCAAGGUCUCUGAGGCAGCUUUUUAGCUGCGCACGCAUUUAGAAAAAUAAAUUUGGUUGUGUUUGGAUCACACUGGCGACGGACUAUCAAUAAACUUAACAACAAAAUAAGUGAAAAAUAUAAGGAAGACAAAAGCAAGAAAGAAAAAAAAUAUACGAAAAAAUAAUUGUCACUGUUCUUUGUUGAGGUGUGUGUGAUUGCCGUGCUUGCUUGCUGCUGUCAUCAUCAACAUCGACCGAGACCGACCAUAGCAGCACGAAUUCAACGUGAAUUCGAUUCUUGCCCUGCUCCUCCACGUUUUAUUACUCUUAACAAAAUAUCUGGUGCAACAAUUGCAUUAUGGCUGACGUGAGUGACGCCAGUGAACUCUUUGUUCUCGAACUCCACGAGGACGAAAAUCCCCGUGAUUCAGAUGAUGAUAAAAUCGAAUUGGACGAUGUUGAUCUAGAACCGGAAUUAAGCAUAAAUUUACAACAAGAAACCGAGGGACAAGAGACUAUACAACUAUCUGAAGAAAAUGUAAAUCCCGGCAAAAUAAAACUCGGACCAAAAGAUUUUGAGCUGAAAAAAGUUUUGGGAAAAGGUGGCUAUGGCAAAGUGUUUCAAGUCCGUAAAACAUCUGGUCGUGAUGCUAACAAAUAUUUCGCCAUGAAAGUCUUGAAAAAAGCAUCCAUAGUCACAAAUCAAAAGGAUACGGCACACACGCGUGCCGAACGCAAUAUCCUUGAGGCUGUCAAACAUCCAUUUAUUGUCGAAUUAGUCUAUGCUUUCCAAACAGACGGCAAAUUAUAUUUGAUUCUAGAAUAUUUAAGCGGUGGCGAAUUAUUUAUGCAUUUAGAACGUGAGGGUAUUUUCCUAGAAGAUACCACAUGCUUUUAUUUAAGUGAAAUCAUUAUGGCUUUGGGUCAUUUGCAUAAAUUGGGAAUUAUAUAUCGUGACUUAAAACCUGAAAACAUUCUGUUGGAUGCCCAAGGUCAUGUGAAAUUAACAGAUUUUGGCCUUUGUAAAGAGCACAUUCAAGAGGGCAUUGUAACACACACAUUCUGUGGCACCAUUGAAUACAUGGCACCAGAAAUUCUGACUCGCCGAGGUCAUGGCAAAGCUGUCGAUUGGUGGUCAUUGGGUGCUCUUAUGUUUGAUAUGUUAACUGGUGUUCCACCCUUCACAGCUGAGGAUCGCAAGAAGACAAUAGAGACUAUUUUAAAAGCCAAACUAAAUUUGCCUGCUUAUCUAACGCCAGAAGCUAGAGAUUUAGUGCGUCGUUUGAUGAAACGACAAGAGUCACAACGUUUGGGCAGUGGACCCGAAGAUGCUGCUGCCGUCCAAGCACAUCCCUUCUUCAAACAUGUCAACUGGGAUGAUGUAUUGGCUAGACGUUUAGACCCUCCAAUUAAACCAUUAUUGCGCAGCGAAGACGAUGUGUCACAAUUUGAUACCAGAUUUACAAAACAAAUACCAGUUGAUUCUCCAGAUGAAACAACCCUUAGUGAAAGUGUCAAUUUAAUUUUCCAAGGUUUUACUUAUGUAGCGCCAUCUAUAUUAGAAGAAAUGCACAGAGCUAAUCGUAUGCCGGCCCGUUCACCUAGACGUACUCCAAGACAAACACAUGAUGGUUCCUAUCGUUUCCAAUAUCCCAUGGCAGCUGCUGCCGCCCAGCGGGGCAUGUAUGCCCGGGCGACACCACCCCAUCUGCAGGCUUUCCCACCACGUCCAUCGCCCCAGGACGAAAUGAUGGAUGUGCAGGGUUUGCCAAUGUCGUAGUGCAAACAUAAAGGCAGCUGUAACUGCAAUUCCCCUGCAACCAGCAACAACAAUAACAAAAGCCGCAACAACGGCAGCCAUCAUAAUAACAUUAUCAAAGGCAAGGGUUAGGAGGAAAGGAAGGAGGACCGAAAAUAAAAACACAACAAAAAACUAUUAACAAAAUUGAAAAUUAUUAUAUAAAAAGGAAAAGUAAUGAUGAUAAAAGAAAUGGCGUUUGAAAUGCCAAUCGACCACACACACAUACAUACAUUUAAAAAAAAAACUAGAUUUAGAAGAUGAAAGUAAAGAAAAACAACAACAAGAAAAAAUUAUACUAAAAGUAAUGUUAACUAUUGUCAGAAUGCUAAAGAAUAUUAGGAAAAGAAAAGUCAACAACAACAUUUAAUAAUAACUUUAGAAUUGAUUUCAUAAAGAAUCAGAGGAGGAAAAGCCAAUGUUAUUAUCAUUGUCCGAAACAAGAGUAACAACAAUGGAGCAGCAACCACAGGUGGUGAUUGGACGGAUGGAUAGGCUAUUUGAGAUGUUAAAUAUUUUGAAAAUAUGUUAUUAAAAAAAAAAAAACAAACCAGGAACGUUAUGUCAAAGAAGCAGAGGUGCUUGCGCCUUGUUUCUUUAGAAAAUUGCUAUGGAACGCCACUCACGACGCCACAUUAAAUUUUUUCCAUAAAAAUUUACAUUACCAAAAUACAAACGUAAAAGAAAAUCAACUCCUAAACUGCUGUUAAAUAUUAAAUAAAAAUAAUGAUGAACUAUGAAUAAAAUUAAAACAAAAUAACCUGUAAUAUACAAUCAAAUAACAAAAGAA